AUGAUCGUGAGUGCAGACAACCGCAUUCUGCAGGACUCGCUCAAAGCCAAGACCCGGCAGGUGCAGCAGCUGAUGGAGGAGGCGAACAUGCUGCGCGUAGAGCCAUCACCUCUCGCCAUCACCUCUCGCCACGGCGCCACCCGGGGGCAGGGGGAGGGGAACAGCGAGGCUGACGGGCAGGCGGACGCAGCAGGGCAGGGCGAGGGUGGCACGGGGGCAGGGUCCGGGGGCGGUGAGGCGGGAGGGGGUGGCGGGGAGGGCAUGGUGGUGGUGGCGGCUGGAGAGCUGGAGGAGCUGCGUGCUGGCGCUGCUGGUGGGGCUGAUGGGUCUGGUGCCGCAGCAGGGGCGCCGUCCCUGGCGUCGUUUUUGGACGGGGCGUACAUGAAUGGGCCGGAUGGGCGGGCGGAUGUGAGUGGGCUGCUGCAGCAGGUGGAGGCGGCGAGGGCGCGGGAGGCGCAGCGGCAGGAGCACCAGCUCGUGGAGGCUGAGCUGGCAGCGUAUCGAACUGCUGCUGCUGCAGAGGCAGGAGGAGUGGGGAGUGGGGAGGGCGGAGAUGGUGGGGAGGGCGGAGAGAGCGCAGGAGGUGGCGCAGGAGAGGGCAUGAGGAAGCAGGGGGCGGUGGGAGCGGUGGCGGCAGUGGCAGCGCGGCUGGAAGCAGAGAAGGACGCGAUGCUGGCGGUGCGAGAGAGGGAGGUGGGCGAGCUGCAGCAGAGCCUGGCAGCAGCGCAGCAGAGGGAGGCGGCUCUGGAGAGGGACCUGAGCUCGUGGCUGAGUUAA